AUGGCUCAGACUGGCAAGGCAAUGUCGGCCCCAGCCUCUAUGGAGGUCGGGAUUAUGGCGACUGACCGCACAAUGGCCACGGGAGUGGAUCGCCCUCCGAACUCUGAGGAAUGGGAGCGCUUGCGACCUAUCUUCACACAUUACUACAAAGACUUCAAAAAUGGCCAGGGGCUGCCAUUAAGAAAAGUAAGGCGCAUCAUGGCUGACGAGUACGGCUUCUUUGCCACCGAGCGGAUGUAUAAGAUUCGCGUGAAAGCAUGGAAGCUACGAAAGAACUACUCGGAAAAGGACCGGCAGCCCAUUAUCCAUAUCAUUGAAAAUGGCAGUCCACACCAGGCCACCCCUGAAUUAACCCAAAUCAACGGUGAUCCGGUCAAGAUGACCAGAGUGCCGAGGUAUCUUGACGGGCCGAAGCUGCACAGACGUCAGCGAAAGCGUUCUUCCAGCUUAGUCUCCCUGAAAGGCAACACGAUCUUGGAGCACUUCGAUUCUAACUCUAGCAACAAUGCUGGAGACUCCUUGGGCGAUAGAGAUGACCAGGAAGAAGAAAAGGAGAACAACCCUCCGGAUUAUGCUCUUGCGCGAAUCCUGGCCGCUCCUGACCAUCUUAAGUACCUGCACGAUAUAUUAGUCCACAUCGAUCGGUACUAUCUCUCCUGUUUCCACGGCCAACACCGGCUAUUCUCGCACCAAGCCCUCGAUCCAGUAGGCGAGAGUGGUGUCGACACAGAUGAUGGAUUCUCCGACCAGGGUCUGCUCCAGAUCCAUGAUCCAGGGUACGCAGCAAUCUCGUUGGCGAAAUCUCAUCAAUAUCGCGAGGCGAGAAUCUUUCUGGGUGAAGCACAAGACAAACUCAAGUAUCUCCUGAGAGCACAACAUCCCACACUCCUGCCAUUCAUCCUUGAGAUCAUCUGCGAAGACUCGACCACGCCUGAAUUCAAUGUCUCGGAAUGGUUCCGUCGAUAUGUCUGCGACCUGUGUGCCAUCAUCAUGGGCCAGCAGCAUUCUCUCACCAUGAUACUUCAGCUCCUGGGCAUGGUUGAGUACAAGCUCGAAACCUGCGCCAUGAUCCUGAGCAAAAUCCAAGCCAUUCUCAGCGCAGAGUUCGGCGCCUCACAGUGGGAAGCUCGUCGCCCUGUCAAGGUCUUCUGUCGCGUCUUGCGUCAUCUAGGUCGGUACGACGAGGUCGAGCAGAUCUUACCCACCGCCAUGGGGUUUGGUGGCGGUCUCGAAAAACCCACACAGUCCGAGUUACUUGGCCUGCUCUACGAGCUAGCGUGGUUGAGUGCACGGGGCCGUCACGACAACAAUGCAGCCACCCAGCUCUUUGGGGAGAUACUUCGGCUUACCGGGGGAGACGCCCGAACGGGCCAGAUUUCUCAUUUUCGCAUCAAGGCUCUCAGGGGAUUGGGCAUUCUGGCUCGCGAAGAGGCGCGUCAUGAGGUCAGUGAGCAAUACUUCUCGGCUGCGUGGGAGGAGUCGAGAAGGGGUUUUGGUAGGAGGGAUAGCAAUACUGUUCGCAUCGGGAGUGAACUGGAAGAGUCGUUGAGGGAGUUGGGGAGAUUCAAGGAGGCGGACCAGCUGAAGCAAGAGCGAGAUGAGCUGUUUGUAACGGAGGACGAGGAAGCUGUUGUGAUUUGA